CGCGCGCGACGGCGGUGGGUCAGCGAAAAAUGCGAUAGAAACGGAGGGGUACGAGCACGAGGAAGGACGAGGAAGAAAACGGCUGGGUUUCUCGACCGAUGAGAGAGCACCAUGUGCUUGAUCGUACCAGUCUGGCGGCGGAGGGCUGCCCUCCUCGGCACGAUGUUGUUGCUAUUGUCCUGGGGAACGGACGCGGCGGAGGGCUGCCCGAGCAUGUGCGUGUGCAAGUGGAAGGGCGGCAAGGAGUGGGUCGAGUGCGCGAACCGCGACCUCAAAGGGUUACCGCAGGGCGCGCGAGAGGAAACGCAGGUGCUCGACUUAUCUGGCAAUCACCUGGUCAACCUGCAGCCGGAAUGCUUCCGCGUCCUUGGUUUGAUCAACCUUCAGCGGCUCUACUUGGGUAAAUCUCAAAUCAAUGACAUCGCCUCGAAGGCGUUCGACGGACUGGUCGGCCUAGUGGAGCUCGAUCUGUCCGAGAACAAGAUCGAGAAGGUGCCCACGGAUACGUUCGCGUCCUGCUCGAGUUUGAUGAGGCUUAUACUGAACGGGAAUCCGAUCAGGGAGAUUCGUCAAGGCGCAUUUCUCCAUCUGGCGCAUCUGACUACCUUGGAGAUCAGCAAGUGCGCGAUAGAUGUUAUCGAGCAGAACGCCUUCGAGGGCCUGCAGUCGCUGGAGUGGCUCCGGCUGGACGGCAAUCGACUCACCUACGUGCCAGAUCAUACCCUGCCGCUUGGGGGGAGUCUCAGGGGAUUGACUCUUCACAACAAUCCGUGGCAGUGCGACUGUAGACUGAGAACAAUGCAGGCCUGGCUGAAGGAGUCGUCUCCGGCGGCGCCGCAGGAAUCCGAACCAGUCUGCGAGUCCCCGCCGAGGCUGCACGGCAAACAAAUCAAGAGUCUUAAGGUCAACGAACUAGCCUGCCUACCGCACAUCGAGCUUCAAGAUCACUUGGAGAUCUACGAGGGCGGUAACGUCACGUUGAGAUGCGACGUCCACGCGGUUCCCACCGCCAAGGUCACUUGGUGGCUGAACGGAGAGCCGUGCGAGCUGCAGCACGAAAACAACUCCAUGGCCGGCAGUAUUUCCACUUUUCCAAAGUACAUCUACCGACAACGAGGCGGGACCAAUAUGAGCAGCACGCUGUUCCUCUACUCGGUCGAGUCGCUUGACGACGGCACCUACAGCUGUAUCGCGGAGAACAGCGCGGGUUCUACGGUGGCCAAUCUCUCUCUACGCGUGCUCUUCCGCGAGAAACCCACCGUCGAGCCACCUUUCGACAAUCCCGGCUCCGGCUACGUGGCCGCGAUUGUCGCGGGGGCGUUGGUAGGCACUCUUCUGGCACUGGGCUGUUUGGUGGGUAGUGUGAUAUACUGCGCGAAGAAGCGACGCCGCGACCGGAAGCGCAAUUCGAAGGCGUUGGUGACGCAGAGCAAGUCGGUGCUGCCUAUCACGAAGGACACCACCAGCAGCUCCUGCCGCAAAGGUAACGGCAGUCUGAUUGGUGGUCUCGAACAUCAGCAAAUGGUCUCGUAUACCGAACGUGAGAUCAAUCGCGCGACCACUCUGGAUCGCCGGGAACACACCAGGAACAAUCACCUAGACCGGGACGCGUAUUCGGUGACGAGUCCGGUCGCCAAGUACCUGACCGAACCUGAUCUGAUCAACGAGGUGCCCGAGAAUACCGAAGUGGGCUACGGUCAGCUAUACGGGCGGCACCAUCAGCGUGCCGGCGGCAUCGAUCGGCAGGUCCUGGAGUACGACUCGGGCUAUCCGCUGCAGCCCGAUCUGCGGCCGCCGUCAGUUCUGCCACAGAUGAGCUAUCUGGAUCAGGACGGCUACCCGCUCAACUUUGGCCUGCCCAAGAUCACUUUCAGCACCGCCAGCACUCUGCCCAGGCUCCGGCAACGUAUGUCGGAGCCAGGCUCGGCGGCCGCGCCGGCGGCCAGAUACUCGCGCGAGGCGGAAUUCCUCGCGCGAUCACCGGGAUACGAUCCCAUUUUGCCGCGUACCGACGCCAGGUACACCGCCGAGGGCUAUCCCUAUCCGGUGCAUCAGCAUCAACACCAGCAUCAGCAUCAGCAUCAACACCAGCUUCAAUCGCAACAGCAGCAACAACAGUCGCAGCCGCAGGCGGUACAGCCACCGAUUCAGCCGGUCGAGCAACCGAUUCAACAACAGCUGCCUAUCCAGUCGCCAGUCUCGCCGGUCGCUGUUUUCCCGGAUGUGCCCUUUAUACCGUCACCUCCAGCGGCGUAUAGAGGCGAGACCACUCCGCUGUCGCCUCGAUCCCUCCUCGGCAAGACCGCUCGCGAGGCCGCGGCCGCGGCCGCCGCGAGGGCGGAGGAGCUCCAACCGCCGAAUCAUCCGGAAAGUCCUGACGAGGGCUACGUGGGAGACGCCAUGGAUGUCUGAAAGCUCCGAACCGAACGAAAGUUCGGUUAUCGGAGCUAAGAAAUACGGGAAAUGCAUCCUGGAUCUACCGUGAAUAAAAUUAAUGUAUCUUUGCUUUUCGCAAGUUUACUCUCACAAUCAGUUUUCAUUUACUGAACUCAUCGUGGGAAAAAGGAUCGGUCUGAUGGAAUUCUUUGCGGGAAAUGCCGCAAUUAGAAUUUUUCAUGGCGAAAGAGACCGUUUCAAUGAUGUUGCAUACACUUUCUUCAAAAUCCACCAAGUAGCUAACAUUUUCGAAAAGAAUUUCACUUUUGGGCAGUGCUUUAAGAAUUUAUUUAAAUAUCUUUACGUUACUUGGAUCACUUCGGGUAUAGAGAAAUUCAUUUGCCGACUAGAAACGUUCCGUGCAUACAUUUCACAUGCGUUUUCGACGAAAUCACAAGUGAAGAAAAAGAGACUCUCCCCAUUUCUGUUUGCUCAACACGUUGAUCCAGCAGACAGAAAAUCACGACAUUUGUAUUUGCAUACAAAUUUUCGAGUAGCUUCUAUAAUGUCCUCCCAUUAUGCGCGUCAAACGUAAAGACCUAAACGGACAACGAGAUAUCAGCGUUAAGGAGGAAAUCUGUCCUCGUCAUGCUACCAGAUUAAUUCGCGGAGAAUAACAGGGUCCAGGAUGUGAUUGGCGGAACAGGGCCACCCGAGACGGCACGAACAAAGGACUCGUCCUGGCGGCGGAGACGUAAUAGAUUAAUCAGAAGGCAUGUCUCUCGAAUGUCGCUGCGGUGCGCAGUCCUCGUCAGGGGCCGGUGAAGAUAUUCGCUUGGAACGCGGGUUGAUUCUUGCAUUCACGUAUUCGAGGGAAAUCGACUCCGAAAAAUUUACGCGGAUCGCGUUUAAACGCGGAGAGUGCUUUUUCGGACACCAAGAUGGCGCCCGGAUUUAUUUAAACGGCGUGUCGCGCUUGUGAAAUACGACGACGUCUUUUGGACGCGAUCCAAGGAGAAACGUUCGGUCGCGUUGAAAAGGAACCAAGAUGGCGUGACUGAUCCUUAAAGUGAUAGAUAAAUGUUUGGCGGACUCGAUCGAGUGAAACGCGCCUCGUGGACCUCGAAGGCGCGCCUUUCAGCAUCGCGAGCGAGAACGUGACUGGUGCUCAAAGCGGGCUCCUCCGACGGGAUCCGCUACGAAAAUGUGAAAUUAAUUAAAUUUAAUUGUUCAUGUUGAUUCCGCGACUGGGGCGAAAUCCGCGAUAAACCGAUUGCGGGACGAGCGGUGUGGGUGUAAAAUAGGAUGUAAUAAAAGGAGACUGUCCUUUUUAAUCGUAAAUAUUAUUAAUAUAUUUGACAACUUUUUUACAUUAUUUGCCACGUCUCCUGCGGCACAAUUUUCAACAAUUGUCUCGCAGAAUUAUUAUAUAAAGAUAUACACAUAAUUUCUAUCGCCGUUCCUUUCGAUCGUGUUAAGUUUGGCAUCCGGUCGCUUCAAUCGUUGUUAAUGGCUUUUCGAUUAGUCUGAUAUGAUUUAAGCUCUCGGCGGCAGCAUUGUAGCCCACACGGGACGACACGGGGUGCUCAUGACUCGGAAAUCUGCUCAAGCCUUCUUUGCACCUCGUCCCCUCCCCCGACAGGAUUUUGUUUUGUAUACAUGUAGAAUAAGUAUCGUUUAUUUCUCUCGAAGACCCUCUCGAUCCUGGGCGUUUCAAAGCGGAGACGCAACUGUAGCGAUUCUGCUGUAGUGAUAAUAAUGUUAACUUGGUGUUUAAGACUGGCGAGAUUAGGAGCGCCGCGCGGUGGCGCUCGACCUGAUGUACAGAGACCGUUGAUCGUACAGGAUGUUCUGAAAACGGUGUAUACCAGAAUCGGAUCGGAGCGAGGAAUUCCAAAAGCAACUUUCCUUUCGAAGAACGUAAUCUUGGAAGUCUUUUUCGUGCGGAAGUUCGGAGGAUCGCGAUUUUACGGAUCUCGGGGAUUAAAAGAUCCGACACGUAUUGAAUUUUAUUUGUUGAAAUGUUAAAAAUUAUGAUUUACCCAAGUGGAUCUCACUCUAUUGCCUCGUCGUAGUUAGACCAUUUAGUUUGCCGGAGAAAAUUUUGCAAGUCAAUUCCAGCUCCUCGAAAUGGUAUACGUCUCUUCUGGGACGCCCCGUAUAUCUAUAUACAUAUACGUAUACAUAAAUAUAUAAAUAUAUAUAUACACACACACACGACACACAAAUACGGAUAGAUAUAUACAUAUUAUAUGGCGCGUACACUGAAAGAAAUACUAAGCGAUGAAAAAUCGGUGAAAGUAGUUAUUUUUUAAAGGUGUCUUCGAGACUACGAUUCGAGCUGGCUUCGCCCUCUUAAAUAAUCGAUUGAUCUACAGUCGACGCAGACGUAAACGUGAAUUGGCAUUGUUUCUACUGAAAUAAAACUAAGUGUGACAUUUGUACAAGUUUGCCAACUUCAAUCACUCGGAAAACGCUGAUGAGUUGAUGACAAAUUAUCAUAACUGCAAGGUGGCGCCGGACGUGAAGACGGAAGAAUGCGCCCCGAGAAAGCGCCGAGUCCUGGAGGGUCCUUUCAUCGUCAGAAGUACUCGGCGACGAGGAAACUGGUUUCCUUUCCGUCGCCGUAAUCACGACGCGAUUCACGGAUGAACAGUGUUUGCCUUCCAGUCUGGCGACUCGCAAGGAUAUAGAAUCCUGCCUGUGUCCUUUAAGCUUCGCCGUCGGGGUAACUCGAAAUUUGUCUUCGCCUUCGAGUUUCGUAUAUAACAAUAUUUCAUCUUGUUCCGGGGCAAGUAAUUUAUUUACAUUUUGAGAAAUUUCAGGUAAAAUGAAAAUGUUUGAGACGAGAAGUACAGAGGAAUUCUUCAUCGGGAAAUUCAAAAAUGGUUUAUUUUAAUCAGCUAAUGUUUUAAAUCAUACUAAUAUCCGACAAGUAUUUUCACUGAAAUAAUAAAAGAGAUAGUUUAAAUAACAGACGGUUGAAACUAGGAUCAUUGUCUUUGUUUCUUUGACACAUAAGUAUACAAGCGUUAUUACUUUUCGAAGGGAGGGCAAUUACAAAAUUUUCGUGAAUAAUAACCAAGAUACAUAAAAAUUUGAUUGCAUGUUUUCGGGAUCGUUAGCUUUCGAAAUUUGAGUUAUAUUGAGUUGUGAACGUAAUUUUACGCACCGACGAAAUUCUGCCAAAGGAGUUCUGCAUUCUGUGUUCAUUUAAUUAGAACUUUUUAAACGAGCUCGUCAACGAGAAUAACUUCAAUGCGUGCGGUCAAUUUUGUGAAUUUCGAUUAAUUUGCCGUAAAUGGACAAACCAUUAGAUCCUGUUUUUCGAUAAAAAUACAGCAGAAUUGUGGCGUUUAGAACUUUCAUUGAACAUUUAAUUAACGUCUAAAUAAAAAAUUGUUAAAGAUCUCGACGAGAUCGUUUCGAAAAUAAAUUUUUCCCAUGUAUUAAAUCCUUUUUUUUAGUUCUUAAUACAUACCUUUAUUUAUCUCUUAGGAAAUGAAAAUAUACGAAAUAUUGCUUACAACUAGAUACUUAAAUUUCCGUUUUAAGUACCAAAAAGUGUUUCGGAAAUUAAAUAAUUAGAAAAUACAUUCGCAUAAUCACGUUUCAUGCAAUCGCCAUUUCCUUAAAGAACCACCUUAAAAGACUUCCUUAAAAGACCUCGCUUGUGGUUAAAUAAAUAACAUCGUUAAAUCGAGUUAAAUUACGAGAAAGUGCAAUGUACUUUCUUGAGGAGAAUCUUCUAAAAAUAGUGAUUUCACUCUGUACAUUAGAAAGAUUAGAAAUGGACGAUUUUAUGCUUCCUAAAGAGAAUUGAUUUUUUUUUUGAGAUUGCAUUUUUUAUAGAUAAAUUUUUUUCAUAGACCUCUCUAGGUACUUCAUGCAUAUUUAUUCGCAUCGAUUAAAAUCCGGUGAAAGAAAAAUAAAAAUCCAACACAUUUGAAACAAUUCGUUUUUUGUGAAAAAAAUCUAAACUAGAAAGUUUGAUUUUUUUUUUUAGUUUUUACUUCGACGCCGCUUUCAGAGAUUCGUUUUUUCGUAGAUAAAAAUUUAUCAUCGCAAUCUGUCGCUUCCUUCGCUCCGUGUGUAUUUAUUUUCGUCGAAUUGACGAACGAGCGGUUAAACGCGGGAACAAGAAAAACACUAGCAAAGUUUAACGAUCUUGCUCGCAGGCGAUAUUGCAUUCGCUGGUUUGCAGCUCGUCUGAGUUAAAUGCAUUCCUCUUUUUCCAUCGAUCCCUUUUUACUUCUUAUUUAUUCUCUUUCUCCCGCGCGCGCUAAUUAUAACCGCGAGCUUGCUCGGUAACGAUCUCGUCUUUUCUUUUUUUGUGGAAACACGACGGAAAGCUUUUCCGGAUUUUCCUCGAGAAUCCACGGAGACACGAGAUACAUUUUUCGAAAUGUAUUUCAUAGGAGGAAAUUAUACGAACGGAGUUAUCUUUACGUAGAGACAAUUCUCGAUUGUUUCAUUGACUUUCGCGACUUUUAAUAUUUUCGAUGCAGAUGGAGAGCUACGGGAACAAAAUUCCGCUCUGAUAAAUCAGUCGAAUUAAAUUUCGCAAGGAAAUCAUACGCGCGGAAUUUCAUCGCAUAAAGGCUUAGCGUCCCGAGAUCGGUCGUGAAUAUUAAUCGGCUUUCCUCUCACCGACUCUCGCGCAGUGAAACAUUCGCGCCGGGGAAAAUCUCGCGAGGAAGGCAACCCGUCCUAUUAACUUCCCUCGCAUUCACAACGUGCUGCUACGAUGCUUUCCGGUAAAUGUAAUCACACGUCGAUGCAUUAAUCAGCCGCUCGACGAAACUCAUGGUAACUCCAUCCGUCGGAUAUGCAUGUCAGACGGAAGUUAAGGGCAGUGACGGUGGGACGGUCGAAGGUUCCUCAUGGUUAAAUGGGAAAUGUCCCUUUGCAGGGAGUAUUGGAAAUUAUUAUAUAUCUAUUUAUUAAAUUUCGAUAUUUAAAUAUUUCACAUUUAAAUCUCGUUGCUCCCCGGGAACAUUUUCUUCCAGAAGAUCAAACGCUAUUUAUGAUAAAACAAAGACAAUGCGCAAAGAGCCCAGCCUUGAUCUUUUUGCUCAUUCUUUGUGUAGCAUGUCUGGAGGGAAAAAUAUUUUGCAAACGUGGAGUUCGUAAAUUUUCAUAUUGCGGGAUCGAUCAGGAAAGAAUGUAUGCGAUGGAAAGAUAGCGAAAGGUGAGCAAGCGAACGAGUGAGCAAGCGAGAAAGAGAGAGAGAGAGGGGGAGAGGAUAACAUUAAGUAUACACGACAAAAUGAGGGCCAAAGCCACAUUCGAAUCGAUCUCCUGCGAAUCCACCCCAUUCCACCUCCCUCCUCCCACGUAAACCACCCUCCUUUUCUCGACCGUAAAACUCCCGCGAAGAGUUACGACUCUCCGACGCUCGCAGCACAAUCUUGCAUAUAUGGACAGGCGCACAUAUACACUCAUUUACGUACUCACUCACACAUAUACAAAAACACAGAUAUACGCGCGUAUAUACGUACACUAACGUACACACACACGCGCGCGCGUACACAGUUCCAGGUACACAUGAUGUUCCGAACGAUUGAGCAAUACGAUUUGUAUUACCGUGUAUAACGUAAUGUAUUCGAUUCUGCACAUGUCGUAUGUACUUUGGAUGUAGCGAAGGAUUUUUCACGACUGAUAUGAGAUUAAAGGAAUAAAGAUAGCUUUUGUAUUAAA